CACACGUGUUGUGACGGAAAGAAGAACAAGACGAAGAAUCCGAGUGACUGAAACGAACACCGAGAGAGAGAUGGCGUCGGACGUGACGUGUUGCGGGACGAAGUUCUGGUUGUAUCUGGUGGUGAUCGUCGGCCUGGUUUGCUUCGCCGGAAUGAUGGCCGGGCUCACUCUGGGCCUCAUGUCCUUGGGACUCGUCGACCUCGAGGUCCUCAUGAAGUCCGGCCGCCCUCAGGAUCGCUUACACGCCGCUAAAAUCUAUCCGGUGGUGAAGAAUCAGCAUCUGCUACUUUGUACACUCUUAAUCGGCAACGCGUUAGCGAUGGAGGCUCUUCCGGUCUUCUUGGACAGUCUUGUGCCUCCUUGGGCGGCCGUUCUUGUAUCGGUUACUCUCAUUCUCAUGUUUGGAGAGAUAAUGCCGCAAGCUGUGUGUACUCGCUAUGGUUUGACGGUUGGGGCAACGAUGGCACCAUUCGUUCAUGUUCUUCUAAUUAUCUUCCUUCCUAUUUCGUAUCCAAUCAGUAAGGUUCUGGAUUACAUGUUAGGCAAGGGACAUACUGCCCUCCUAAGAAGAGCUGAGCUGAAGACUUUUGUGGAUUUUCAUGGAAACGAGGCGGGAAAAGGUGGGGAUCUCACACAUGAUGAGACUACUAUCAUUGCUGGGGCACUUCAAUUGACUGAAAAGACUGCAAAAGAUGCCAUGACUCCCAUAUCAAAUGCAUUUUCCCUUGAUCUGGAUGCGCCUCUUACUUUGGAAACACUGAAUGCGAUAAUGGCAAUGGGUCAUAGUAGAGUUCCAGUUUAUGCUGGGGAUCCCCGAAAUAUAAUUGGACUUGUUCUGGUUAAAAAUCUCUUGAUGAUUGAUAAAGACGAAGAAGUUACUUUGAGGAAAAUGAUGAUAAGAAAAAUUCCUCGGGUUUCAGAAGACAUGCCGCUAUAUGAUAUUCUCAAUGAAUUUCAGAAGGGUCACAGUCAUAUUGCUGUUGUCUAUAAGGACAUAAUUGAAACACUAAAGAAUGGCGAAGAGGGUGAAACACUAGAUACAUCAGUAAAGGAAGAUGAGAAAUUGGGCGGCCACACAGCUGAGACUAAGAGUUUGGGGCCAAAAUUGGAAUCAGACAAUGCUCAAAUAUAUUUUGACCAUCGUGAUGUGGGACAAAAAUCUAAGAAGAGCCCGCCAGCUACUCCUGCUUUUAAAAAGCGGCACAGAGGGUGUUCAUUUUGCAUUCUGGACAUUGAGAAUGGUCCCAUCCCAGUAUUCCCACCCAGCCAAAAGGUUGUCGGAGUAAUUACUAUGGAGGAUGUCAUUGAAGAACUUCUUCAGGAAGAGAUUCUGGAUGAAACAGAUGAGUAUGUUAAUAUCCAUAACAGGAUUAAGGUCAAUAUGCAUGCAUCUCAGGAAAAUGCUUCUUCACAGCCUUCCUUAGAAGGGUCUUCUGUCACUGACACCUCAGCACCAAUAUCAUCAUCGACUGCGGAUUUAGGUUCCACUCAAUAUCAAGACUCUGAUAAGGCUGCUGCAGAUCUGAUACCAACAGGCUCAAACACCAGUGUGUCUCAAACUUCUGAAGCUGACACAUCAAGGGAUCGUUAAGAUCGGUAAUUCUUUUGUUCUUCAUAUGAGUCAGAUUUUGAUGCACAAAAGGAAGAUCCUAGUUGAAAGCUCACUUAAGAUUAACUUGAGAGUUCCGACGAUGAUAGUACUUCCAAGUAUAUAGAACUGGAUACUACUGCGAUGUAGUUUGCUGCUAAGACAGCUCUCUCUAGCCUGUCGUAUGUUUUGAAUGUAGAGUCUACCAGUCACUAAGUGAUUACCACAAAAAUGAAAAUAGGAAGGCGUUGGAUGUAUUCUUGAUUCGGAUUUCAUGAGUGAUAGAUAUCGGACUAGUCUGGCGAACACUAGUGAAAGAGGUGAUAGAAUCAAGGUGAUAUGAAUCACCAACCAUUUUUUGGUGAAGAAAGUGAUAUUUCUGAACA